GCACUCGCAGAUGCACUGAAGUCCAACUGUACGAUCACCCACGUCGACCUCGGUUACAACAGGAUCGGAGACGAGGGUGCCGAGGCACUGGCAGAUGCCUUGAAGUCCAACAACUGCACGGUCACCCACGUCAACCUCGAUUGGAACCAGAUCGGACCCGAGGGUGCCAAGGCACUCGCAGAUGCCUUGAAGUGCAACUGCACGGUCACCCACGUCAACCUCGAGGUUAACAAGAUCGGGGACGAGGGCGCCAAGGCACUCGCAGAUGCCUUGAAGGCCAACUGUACGCUCACCCACGUCAACCUCCGUUUCAACAUGAUCCGAGCCGAGGGCGCCGAGGCACUGGCACAUGCCCUGAACUCCAAUCGCACCGUCAUCCGCGUCGACCUGAGUGGCCACAUUAUCGGAGCCGAGGGCAUCAAGGCACUGGCAGCUGCCUUGAAGUCCAACUGUUCGAUCACCCACGUCGACCUCCGUGGCCACAAGAUCGGGGACGAGGGCGCCAAGGCGCUCGCAGAUGCUCUGAAAUCAAACAAGACCGUCACCGACAUCAAGCUCCAGCGCAACAAGAUCGGAGACGAGGGCGCCAAGGCGCUCGCAGAUGCCCUGAAAUCAAACAAGACCGUCACCGACAUCAACCUCGAUGGCAACAGGAUCGGAGACGAGGGUGCCAAGGCACUCGCAGAUGCCUUGAAGUCCAACUGUGCGGUCACCGACAUCAGUCUCGGUUACAACGAGAUCGGGGUCGAGGGCGCCAAGGCGCUCGCAGAUGUUCGGAAGUUCAACCAUGUUGUCGUCGUGAAGUUCCAAAAACAAGGUUUCUAG